CACGAGGCACCGAGUCGCUCGGUGCCAUUCCUGCCAUUAAUACACCCGUCUCGAAUCUCGAUUGUGCACGGGGCCACCUUCCGCGAAUCGACGGGAGUACUCUCGCGUGGUAUUUCUUCACGAUGGCACGCGGGAGAUCAGUCAGCGUGCGAUGACACGCCCGUCUCGCAGUGAUUGUGUAGUGAUAAAACCAGUCUCGCGCGAAUUCGCAGUGCAAUUGUACCCGUUGCGCUUUUGUCCCAUCUUAUCGCGUACGUAUGUACGCGAGGACACGAUCAGACACGACAAACACGCGAGUUCCCGACAAAGAAAGGGACGGACGGACGGACGGACGGACGAAGAGAAUCAAGGAGUAAACGAAGCCGAUGCGCCGUGGGGUGCGAAUCAACACGGAUCGCACAUUCGUGCCUUCGUAGAUCCGACGUUGCCUAGGACAUCCUGGACACCGUGGGAUACUGCGCGGCAAACGAGGAAAUGAUUUGUAAUAUAAGGGUGGAACCUAACAGAUUCAACGUCGGCGCCAUCGACCCUGCGAGAACGCGCUAUUAAUACGGUCCUGUGUGUUUUUCAUCGAUACUGCCCGUUGCCGCACGCUACUCCGUCGCUUUGUCGCAUAACAGGUCGAUCGCGCACGAGCAAAAUCACGCUCUGUGCCUGAAAGUGGCUAGGAGCGAAGUCCAGAGACUGAACCUUCCAUUUCUCCUGGAGCAGUCCGAGGACGCGGCAGUGACGACGCACGACCGUCCGUGACAGACUGUGACAGCGCGGUGU